GGACUCUGGAGUCUGACGGCCAUGUAAACUCUGAAACAGGCAGCGGCGCUAAUAGUCAGCAGAGUGAUCACAUGCCAUCACAGGUAGGGAUGGAAGCAAUGGCUCCCGCGAUCGUGUGCAGCUCAACAACUGACACUCACAAACAGACUGUGGAGGUCUGCAAAAAACGCAGGCGCACUCGUAAAAUGAAAACGCGGCUGACCGCGGUGGACCAAAACAAUCCGCACACUGCUGGUGUUGAUGCAGUUCAGCACGAGGAGAUCAGCACGACAAUACCAUUGCCAGCAUGUUUGGAAAACCACACCAGGGGUGAUGUGCCUCACACUGUAGACAAUCCUUUAAUCAAUAAUUCUGCUCCUCGUACUGUCUCUGAUGGUAAAGUAGAGGACGGUGGGCCUGUGUUGACAAAGAGAAGAGGACGGCCAAAGAGAGCCCAAAUUACAGAUUUUAAAAACAUCUUUACUGAGGAAGUUGACGACGAUACCCCUGCCGGUCCUGCAAGGAGGCUGAGGAGUAGAGGAGAGGGGGAGCCUAACACGCAAGAUGAACUCACUGGAUCUGAUGCAUCAAGUUCACAAGCUGUUAAAAGAAGAAGGAGUAAACUGGCUGACCAGCAGGUUCCAGCUAAACUGUCUAGACUGGAGGGUUCCCAGGAGGUCUCUGCAGUGCUGGGCGACAACACAGGCUGUGGGUGGAGAGCGGAGACAGACAAACAAGUGGAACUAAACCCUGACAAACAAGAGCCUGAAGCAGACACACGGGGACAUCAGUGCUCCCUGCAGUCAAGUGGAGGAAUGCAACAGACAGAGCAAAAAGCAGGAGCAGUACUGCAAAGGAGACUGCGUUCCCAGGCAGCAGCUGAGCCUGACGUUAUUCCCUCAAAGGAUUUCAACAGUCUAAAUAAGAUAGUGGGCAUCACUGACAACGACAAGUCCCACUCACAGAGCAGUCCUGACUCUCCAAAGGACACACACGUGCAGAGUUCAGAGCUGUCCAGUCCUGAUGUUGUAUUGUCUACAGAACAAUCACCAAAACUUGUCGGCAGCCGCCCUGCUGUUAAAACCGAGAACAUAGAGGCGGAGUUGGAUCAUUUGAAUCUUGUGUCAGAGUCAAACAGUCCUAAAUCUCCACAACACAGUGCCACCACCACACUUAAAUCUAAUGGUCCGAACAGUCAGCAAAACAUGUCAAGGCGCAAGAGAGGCGGCAAGAGGAGGAGGAGAGUAAGUAACGUGUUGAUAAAGAGCGAGCAAGUCGUUGAGGGCCAUGAAGUCGGCCCCGACACCCAACUCAUAGACGACUGUGCGGACGUGGAUAAGGAGGCCAAGUUAGAGGAUGACGCAAAUGUCAUCUACAUUAAAAGAGGAGGCAAAACUCUGAUGAAGUGCGGCUACUGUGGUCGUGUAUUUAAAUUCCAGUCCCAGUUCGUCAUCCAUCAACGGAUCCACACGGGAGAGAGACCGUUCAAGUGUUCCGAGUGUGGCAAAGGUUUUACCAAAAAUUCCAACUUAAACCUGCAUCUCAAGACUCACAGAAAGAGCAACAUUUAUCAAAAAUGCCCAUUUUGCAAGAUUAAAUUCUCUUGCUCUGAGUACACUUCUCAUAUGGAGAUGCAUGCACAAGAGAUGGCCCAGGAAUCCGAGAAUGAAAAAUCUGAAAUACAGGGCAGAGGGGUUGAGCAUGGAAAUGGUCAGGCACCUCAGACACCAGUUUCCCUGGGGAAGAAACAAAGGAAAGUGUGUCAGUACUGUGGUAAAACGUUCCCCUUCCAGUCUGCACUUGUAAGACAUGUGCGUGUCCACACGGGGGAGAAGCCUUAUAAGUGUGAUAUAUGUGGCAAAGCUUUCGGUCAGGCCUAUUUCCUCCGCGUUCACGAGCUCACGCACUGGUCUGUGAAGCGUUAUAACUGCACACUUUGUGAAAAAUCAUUCACUCAUUACAGCAAUGCAAAAAAUCACACGUGUCGACCCACGGGAGGAGACGACGACUACUCAGAACCCAACAGACGUACAAGGUCUUCACUAACGUACACGUGCCACAUCUGCAAGAAUAUUUUUGACCAUUUGCAGGAGUUCAACAGUCACAUGAAAGCCCACACUGGUGCCAAGCUUUACCGCUGCUUGUUUUGUGACAAGCUGUUUGGUGUAAUGUCUGAAUUUAACACCCAUCGCAACCAGUGCAGAGAGAGAAACGCCUCCAGCUCUGGUGUGAAGGAGGAAGACAGAAUGUCGUUGAUCCAGUACACAGUGCCUGCUCUGAGGUGUUCGUCAGCUCACUACUCGGCUUCUCCCAUCACAGCUGCAAACUGCGAAACACGGACAAAACAAGCACAGACGAUCCACAAGAAACGCAUCGCUGACCGAAAGCAACCGUUCCAGUCAGUCGUACCGGCCCACCAGCUCUCACAACUCGUGUCCAGGUUAAACAAAGUGGACAACAGAUCCGACCCCAGGAAAUAUCUGUGUCCGAGCUGCGGGCGACAGUUCAGACACAUGGGCAGACUCCGAGCCCACAUGCUCACGCACGCCCCGGGUCAGAGUUACACCUGCAGUUGCUGCGGUAAGAGGCUUGAAAACUGGAGAAAACUGUGGCGUCACCAGAGAAUCCACAGACAGAGACACGGGCGCUUCACCUGUCCUCAGUGCGGGCGAGGCUUUCGGUUUGCAGAGCCUUACAAGAAACACAUGAGGGAGCACCACAAGUUCCAGUGGGUUCAGUUCAGGCCUAAGAAAGUGUUUCUGCCUUAUCAAUGUGAGCAAUGCAGGUGCAGCUUUAAGACUCUCGACUUGCUUUUCAGUCACCAGCUUUGCCAUUCAGCAUCGCAAGACACGCACAAGGACGCUGCUUUCGAUGUAUACGAUUUAUCAGAUGAACAUAGUACACAAGCAAACAAGAAAACAUUUGCCCCUUCUACUAACGACUAUAUUGCAACGGUAUAUGAACUUGAGGACAGCUUUUCUCCUCUUGGAACCUCUUUCAAGUAUCCAGAUCCACUUCCUCCAGAGUCCCAUCUAGUGCCCGUGAUUUCUCUUGUCGAAAAUCCGGGUGUAGAUUCGGGUGAAACGUCCCUGUGUCCCAGCACCACCCACUCAAUCCAAGACAGAGAAACCAGCCAUGACAGAGAAGAUGGAAAUCCACUUGGAAAACCCAUUACACCGUUUAGAACUGUGAAAAGACCCAAAAUGGCCCAAAAUGCCAGCAAAUCAAAUGAUGGGUCUUCAGAUGGUAUUCAGUGCGCUGUGUGUGGUAAUGCCUAUCCUGCCAUUUCAGACCUUUAUCAGCACUAUUUACAGCAUGCUAGAGGCCAGGUGUAAGAUCAUGCAUACAAAUAUACAAUUCCUCUUUCUAUUUGUUCAUACAGUGGGAAAAUAAAAAUAUAGUCACUCAAAUACUUGGGAAUUCUUUUAAACUAAUCAUACGACAAGUUUCCAAUUUUGAAGAUGUGCACUGAGGGCCUGAUCUACUAAAGGUUUAGUGUAUAAAACGCGUGCAAACUAGAUUUUACCCGCAAAAGUUGCUGAAAUGCUAACGAUGUGCACUGAGGAUUGUGUUCAGAAUUACACGCGCUGUCCAUUUGGUGCGUUUGCCUUAAUGAAUAUGCAGUGUCGGGCAUUCCUACCUGAGUGAGCAAAAUAUUGGGAGGAGUAGAUGCAAAUACUUUAAUUUAGCACACACACUGUGAUUUACAAAGCCUGAAAAUAAUAGCUGUGAUUGUGACUGCGUCUACAUUAGGGCCUGAUCCCAAAGAAGCAGUGCUAAAUUGCGUGUGAUUAUAACAGACUGCACAUUCGGUUCCGGGGCUUUUGCGGGAGAUCUACUAAAAAUAAUUGUGUAAAUGACAAUAGGUACAAACGUGUUAGAGGGAGUGGUAUUUAGAUUAGGGUUUUUCUCAAGUUACUGGUUUCCGUCCUGGAGCAUUACGGAGAGCAGAGUGAACACAAGCGCAAAGCGAACUUGAAUGCCCUGGAAUGGGAGGUGUUAGUGGAAGAGACAAACAAACAUGUUGCUGAGCUACAGCAAAGAAAUGUUAAUAUAACUCAAAGAAAUGCGAUUAAAAGAAGUAAAUUAAAUGCUGUGGGUAAAACAUAAAGAAUAAACUAUGAAGUUACGAGAAGAUAACAGGAAAUAAGAAGAACAAAAGAAAAAAAAGCUCAUAAUAAAACCACUGUAAAAAAAUAUAUAAAACUCCUGCAGCCAUCUGUGCUCAUCGCUGUGCCGAUUAGCAUCUACCUUUCAAACGUAUUCAAUAUAGACUCAGUCACAAUCGGCCCAAUUAUUUUCUGCCUUUGUUAAUCACAAUGCAUUUGCUAAAUUAAAAUAUUUGAAUCUACUCCUCCCAAUGCUAAUCGGCACAGCGUCACUCUUUAUUUAGGAUCUUAGUAGAUCAGGCCCUGAAUGUAUAAAAGAAGAAUGAGACUACAUUUCAACUUGACACUGAAGCCACUACGCUUACUUUGGUUUUUCUUUUGGUUUGCUUUUUCUUCUUCGAAAGAAGCAUCCAUGCAUUUCUGUGAUUGGCUAAAUAACAAUACAUUUCAACAGGAAUUAUAACAUUUGUGAAUGGUCGAACAUAAAACAUCGGUACAUUUUUUUUAAAAUUUUUGUGUUAUCUUGUUGCUCUGAAUUAUUGUGCCAACUUUUUUAUUUUCACUCCCAAGUCAGUGUGCAAACAGCUGACCAGAUUUCAGACUGAAUCUAUUACAAACUCCUUGAGUUUCUUUUAAUUAAAAGUGGUUGUAUCUGUUAAAUCAAGUCACUCAAUAUUAUCAGCAAUCAUUUGAAUGGUCCAUAUAAUUUCAAAUUCAUUUAAUCAAUUUACUGACAAAAAUGUUACUUCUGCUGAUUUAAUAUCAAUAUUUUGGUAUGUAGGUCCAACUGUAGCUAAAAUGUUUCAGAGAGCCACUUAACCAAUUACAAAUUAGUUUUCCUGUUGAAGGACAUGCGGCUGUUUUGUGUUAUAAUUUUUAAUGUCAGUGUUUGUCAAACGGUUUGUGCUGCUGUGGAUUUGUGAUGUGUUGGCUGAAAUCACAUGAUGCUAAAUUUCUAUUAGACACAUUCCACACUAUCAGCACCAAGUUCUGUCAAACAGCCGUUGUUGUUCACUACUGCUUUUUCAUGCUUAUUUCCCACAUGGACACCCUGAUCCGUUGUAAAUAGUUUAAUCUACAGUUUGUCUUAAAAACAAUAAA